CCAUCGCCGAGCACAUCGUCCGGCUUCAUCAGACGUUCUCAGUCAGCAACCCGCCGCCUCUGUCUCACCUCCUCCGGCCCUCGGUGCCCCCGCGUUUGUUACAUAGGUUGAUUCCAGGAUUGCGUUGGCGGUGCCCCCUCCGUCGUGCUUAGCUACAUAGUAUAUUUUACGUCGUCUAGAUCAUGGCGUACAGCCAAGCCCUCACCCCGUCUCGGCCCGCGCCGCCCGCACCCCAAAGACGAGCCACCGAGCAGUCGACGCUCAACUCUGCCGGCUACAACCUCAACCUCGCGCCCGCGUCGCCGUACGCGAACUCGCCCAGCAACUACCUCUCCUCCUCGUCGCCGUACGCGGCCAACUACUCGGGCAUCGGCGGAUCGCCCAAUCGCAUCAGCUUAGCGCAGCAACAGCAGCAGGGCAACCACGGCGGCGACAGCAUGAACGGGUUCGAGGUCCGGAGCGGGACCGUCAGCGUCAAGGAGGAAGGCGGCCUCGCGAGCUUGUUGGGGUGGAGACCGAAGUGGUUGGUCCUCACGGAGCAGCAGCUGGAGAUCUGCAAGAAUCAAAACGCAGGCACGCAGUCCGCGAUCCGCCUGCACGACAUUUCCAACGUCGAGCGCACCGACCUCAAGCCGUACUGCCUCCUCAUCGAGGCGAAAGACAAGCGCAUCUGGCUCGCCCUCAAGUCCGACGACGAACUUUAUGGCUGGCAAGACGACAUCUACUCCCGCUCGCCCCUCAUGGGCGUGUCCAACCCGACCAACUUCAUGCACAAGGUCCACGUCGGCUUCGACCCCGUCUCGGGCGCGUUCACCGGCAUGCCCGAGCAGUGGUCCAAGCUCCUCACCAAGUCGGCGAUCACCCGCGAAGACUACGCCAAGGACCCCCAAGCCGUCCUCGACGUGCUCGAGUUCUACACCGACCACCAGAAGCGCGAGAUGGAGGAGAUGGUCGGCAUCCCCCAAUCGUCCAUACCCCUCCGCGCGGGCUCCUCGGCCUCGUCCACUCUCGCCCCCGGCUCCGCUUACUCAUCGUCCACCAGUACCCUCAGUCCCGACCCGCCCGCGCGCUUCAAUGCCGGCACCGGGCUCGGCGGCAUCUCCAAGGACGGCCGGCCGUCCAUCUCGCGCCAGGACAGCGCCCCGCCCUCCGUCGGCACCCCGCUCUCCUCCGCCGCCCGCGCCGCGGCCGAGCAGGUCAACGGCACGUACGCUGGCACGAUCUCCGCCGCGAACGGACAGAUUCGGCCUCUCGGUGCCGGUGUGGGUGCGCUCCAGCCGUCGCGCCCCGCACCGCCGCGCCCGCUGCUCACAGGGACGCGACCGGCCCCGUCUCCUGGACAGAAGCCGCCCGUGCCGGACCACACCCCCAGCUCCGCGGAUCUCCGCGCACGGGCACGGGCGCAAGGCCCACCCGCGGCCGAGGGCGCGCAGCUCCCGGCGCGCAAGGACUCGCUCGCAGAGGAGCAGCGGCAACGCCAACGGGACGUCGACCGGAUAAGGGAACGCGAACGGGAGCGUGAACGCGAGAGGGAGAGGGAGAGGGAACGCGAGCGCAACUACGACGAGGAGGAGUACAUCCAACGUCCGCCGAUCGUCCCGUCCAAGUCGGCUCCGGCCAACGACACCCCCGCGAAUGCACCGGCGCACGGUCCUGCGGGAGCCACUGCGGGCCCGCCGCCUGUGAAGCCGCUGCAGCCGAAGAAGGCGCCGGCGGUGACGGUGACGCCGAGCCAGGACGACGAGGGCAAGUCCGGCGUGGCCGCUGCCGCUGCGGCGUUGGAGAAGCCGAAGGAGAAGGAGAAGCGGAUCAGUACGAUGUCGGAGGCGCAGAUUAUGGAUAAGCUACGGAGCGUCGUAAGCGCUGACGACCCGAAGACGCUAUACUCGAAGAUCAAGAAGGUCGGGCAGGGUGCAUCUGGGCAUGUGUACGUCGCGAAGACGCUCGCAACCGGAAAGAAGGUCGCGAUCAAGGAGAUGGACUUGUCGCAUCAGCCGCGGAAGGAACUUAUCGUCAACGAGAUCUUGGUCAUGAAGGAAUCACAGCACCCGAACAUUGUCAACUUCUUGGAGUCGUACCUUGUCAAGCAGGACUUGUGGGUAGUGAUGGAGUACAUGGAGGGCGGCGCUUUGACGGACAUCAUCGAGAACAACACGUUGGAGGAGGACCAGAUUUCGUGCAUCUGCUUGGAGACGUGCAAGGGUCUUGGACACUUACAUAGCCAACACAUCAUUCAUCGUGAUAUUAAGUCGGACAACGUUCUCCUCGAUGCGCAUGGACGAGUGAAAAUCACUGACUUCGGGUUCUGUGCCAAGCUUACGGAUCAAAAGUCCAAGCGUGCGACGAUGGUUGGCACUCCGUACUGGAUGGCGCCCGAGGUUGUCAAGCAGAAGGAAUACGGCGCUAAGGUCGAUAUCUGGUCGCUGGGCAUCAUGGCUAUCGAGAUGAUCGAGAACGAGCCGCCGUAUCUGGACGAGGAGCCGCUGAAGGCGCUUUACCUCAUCGCGACCAACGGAACGCCCACGCUCAAGAAGCCUGAAGACCUGAGCAGGGAGCUGAAGAGCUUCCUAAGCGUCUGUUUGUGCGUCGACGUGAAAAGCCGAGCGACGGCGGCGGAGCUGCUGGACCACGAGUUCUUGAAGAAGGCGUGCGCGCUGUCGGGCCUCGCGCCGCUACUCCGUGCGAAGCAAAAGCAAGGGCAAUGAGUGCACCACAUUGAUAGCACCACCUGUUCGUCUGAACCGCGUGUAUCCCGUGGGUGCAAUACGUCCUGUUCUGGUGUUUCAGGUCGAUCUUGGGACCCUGUCAUCUCAGGGUUAUCUCCUCCUCGCGCUUUAUGCCGUAUACGAAUUUCCGUUACUGACUCAUGCCUGCAUGCCUCGACGCGACUGCUUUGCGUCUAUGAACUGUCGCGGCUUUGGCCUGUGUUCCUUCCUUCUCUCCUCUUUACUCGUUGUCCUUUUAUUUUUUUUCCGGCUUAUGUCAAAUGGAAUUGUAGGAAUUGUACGGUUUUUGGCGAAAUGCUAGAUACACU